GUUACUUCCUCUUGAGUUACAAUAUUUCCCGCCACGCAUUGCGAGUCUAUGGACAACACGUGAAAUCCAAAAUGGCCGACCAGAAUGAAGAAGACACUACUCCAGCGGCAGAUAUUGUCGUUACCAAGUACAAAAUGGCCGGAGAUAUGGUCAACGGCAUCAUGCAAGAACUGGUAACAAAAUGUGUUGCUGGAGAGAAAAUAAAUACUAUCUGUGACUUUGGGGAUAGCAGAUUACAGGAGGAGACCAGCCGAGUGUUUAAGAAGGACAAAGAAAUGAAGAAAGGCAUUGCCUUUCCAACAUGUGUUUCUGUCAACAACUGUAUAUGUCAUUUCUCACCUUUAAAGAGUGACCCAGAUAAGGAACUUGCUGAUGGAGAUGUUGUGAAGAUUGACUUAGGGGCACAGAUUGAUGGAUACAUUGCUGUCAUUGCACACACACUUGUAGUUGGUGCAUCAAAGGAAAAUAAAGUGAAGGGAAGGAAAGCUGAUGUCAUCAUGGCUGCCCAUUUAGCAUCAGAGGCUGCACUCCGAUUGGUCAAACCAGGAAAUGAAAAUAAUAUGGUAACAGAGGCUGUCCAAAAGGUUGCUGAAUCAUAUAAAUGUAAACCCAUUGAAGGAAUGCUUUCACAUCAACUGAAAAGACAUGUUAUUGAUGGGGAAAAGGCAAUAAUUCAGAAUCCCUCCGAAGCACAAAGGAAAGAACAUGAGAAGUGUGAGUUUGAAACAUAUGAAGUCUAUGGAGUAGAUGUUCUGGUCAGCACAGGGGACGGCAAGGGAAGAGAGCAGGAAACACGAACAACAGUGUAUAAAAAGAAGGACAUGAUUUAUCAACUAAAAAUGAAGGCAUCUAGACAAUUCUUAAGUGAAGUAGACAAGAAAUUUGGAUUGAUGCCAUUUUCGCUUCGGCUAUGUGAAGAUGAAAAGAAGGCCAAGAUGGGAGUUGUUGAAUGCGUCAAGCAUGAACUGAUGCAGCCUUUUACAGUUCUUUAUGAAAGAGACACUGAGUUUGUAGCACAAUUCAAAUUCACAGUAAUUCUGAUGCCAAAUGGCCCUUUGAAAAUAACCGGCCUAACAUUUGAUGAAGAAACAGUUGUAUCUGAGUGUCAAAUAGAAGAUGAAGAUCUUAAGGCCUUGCUUACUCAAUCUGCGUCCAGAAAGGCUGCCAAGAAGAAGAAGAAGAAGGCAGGAAAAUCAAUGGCUGAAUCGGCAGAAAAUGCAGAUUAGGAAAAACCUUAUUGUCUUCAGAAUUUUUUGUGAUGGUGCAUAGCGGACAGACUCAAGAAGUUGGACACCUGUGCGAAGAAAAUGGUUAUUUAAUUCAAAACAGAAUCUACACAAGCGAAAAUGGAUAGUGGCUCAUUAUUCUAUCAUUAUGAUGGGGAUGGACAGAGAUAUGAGCAUUGUGUUUCGAAGAUCAUACCAUGAAAUCAUUUUUUGUCGAACAGGAAUAUGUAUUGGUCUGUCCAUGGCAAAUACACUAGUCCAGAUUAAUAUUCAGUCUUUCUGUUAGAAAGAUUCCAUUUAUAGUAUUUAUAAAAUAUCUUUUGGAUUACCGUAAUAAUCUGUAUUUAAUUCGAUGAAAAAUUAAUGGUUUGAUUUUUAUUUCAAUUUUUGAGGAUAAAGUAUUUAUUUGUCUGUAUUCCUCAUGCAUAAUUUGACAGGACAGUGAUACAUCAUAAAUUACCCUAGUGUAUGAAAUCUGGUAAAGGUGUAAAAGUCUGCUGAAUAAAAGUGCUAUUCUG